AUGGGCUCUAUACAUGUCGACAAUAUACAGGAUCAAAACCGCCGGGGAAAUGAAUCUGUUGGCAUGUUGUCUACAGGCCAGGCUGAUGGCGGCCUCAGGUCUUUCAAGAUAGUUGGUCUUGCACUUGAUCAGACCACCGCUCUGACAGGCAUGAGAGAUGAAAUCUUGCUUUUGUCCUGGCUCAUCGUGCUCUUGCGGACCCAGGACGGCGGCCAGAUCUGUUAUGAUUGGGCUUACAAAGGCCGAGAAAAUGGGUUUCAGCAUGAGCCAGUUAACAGAAGUCUGUCCAUGGAAGAAGUAAAGGCAGGAUUACAAAGUACUGUCGGACAGACUGCUGCAGCAAUCUCGAGCUACCUCACUAUGAUCGCACCAAGUCAGCUUGCAGCCAUGUCCAGCCCUGUCUCGCUCUACUUGAGCACUAGUUCUCUGUCUCCACCAUCUGAGGAAGCGAAAGAUGAAGGUGUUCUUCACCUCGAAAUACGCCUUAGUAAUGGCAGUCUGGAAAUCAGCCCAGUGUGGUAUAACAAAAAUAUGCCGCAAUAUACAGUGACGCGAUACAUCGAGACACUGGUCGACACCGUAAAAAUGUGCAUUUCGAAUCCCGAUGCGUCUAUUGAGGACUGUAUUCGGCCGACCGCACGAGAUCUGGAGGAGAUAUGGGGUUGGAAUCACCUGCUACCUCCCUCUUACAACUUUUGCAUGCACGACAUGAUUUCCAAACAAGCUCAAAGAUCCCCAGAAAAAAUAGCAAUCUCAUCCUGGGAUGGCAAAUUGACAUACGCCCAAGUCGAACAGUAUUCCAUAUUCGUGGCAUGCUCUCUCAAAGAAAUAGGUGUCAGGUUACAUGAUAUCUUACCGGUGUGCUUUGAGAAAUCAAGAUGGACAAUCGUCGCUGUGCUUGCGGUAAUGAGGGUGGGAGCAACUUUCGUGCUCAUGGACCCAACACUUCCAAUUGCCCGCCUCCAAAACAUGGCGAAUCAAGUGGGCGCAAAGAUGAUGCUGACGUCCCGCAAGCAGCACGACCUGUCGUCGUCGAUUAUGCCGAGUGGAAAGCUUAUCGUCAUAGAAGCGAACACAUUUGCCUACUUCUCAAAUCUGCAAGCUAUUCCACAGUUGACAGCCGUGCCACCAUCUGCCCUAAUGUAUAUAAUCUUCACCUCUGGAAGCACAGGCACUCCGAAAGGGGUUAAGAUCUCUCACGAAACCUAUACAAGCAGUGCAAUUCCUCGAGCGGAAGCCGUGGGCUAUACGGAGAACUCCAUGGUUCUUGAUUUUGCGUCCUACGCAUUCGACGUCAGCAUCGACAGUAUGCUUUUAACCCUUGGAAACGGUGGCUGCCUUUGCAUCCCCUCUGACGAGGAUCGACUCAACGACAUAAAUGGAGCGAUACGAAAAAUGCACGUUAACUACGCAGGCCUGACCCCUUCAGUGGCUCGAAUAUUGGACCCGGAUGUUAUAGCAUCUCUCAGUGGUCUAGGCCUCGGAGGAGAGGCAGCCUCAGCGAGAGAUGUUACGAUCUGGGGUCAAGACACCAAGAUUAUCAUAGGCUACGGCCCGUGCGAAUGCACGAUCGGAUGUACGAUAAAUAGCAGCGCUGCCACUGGUAGGGAUUAUAUCUCCAUUGGGAGAGGAAAUGGAGCGGCCAUCUGGAUCACCAACCCAAGUGACCACGAAUCUCUGAUGCCAGUCGGCGCUGUAGGCGAGCUGCUAGUCGAGGGACCGAUAGUAGGGCAAGGCUACUUGAAUGAUUCUGAAAAAACCGCAGCCGCUUUCAUCACAGAUCCACAGUGGCUUAUCGCGGGCCACAAUGGCUACACUGGCCGUCAGGGGCGUCUAUACAAAACUGGGGACCUAGGAAAAUAUGAUCCUGACGGUUCUGGAGGCAUUGUGUUUGUUGGACGAAAAGACACGCAAGUCAAGUUGCGUGGGCAACGUGUCGAACUCGGUGAGAUCGAGAGUCAACUCAAGGCUAGGCUGCCGUCAGACGCUAGCGUGAUUGCUGAGGUGAUUGUGCCUCUAGGAUCUGGCGGCCAACCUACGUUGGUGGCAUUUAUUGCAUUCCAGUCGACCAAGGGACAUGAGCAUACUGAUAUAAGUUCGAUAAAACUCCAAGGCGAGCUGCAUAGAGCGCUGUCAGAAGCUAAUGUAGAGCUGGCGAAAGUUUUACCACGAUAUAUGGUGCCAACCGCAUAUAUACCGGUCAACUAUAGCCCUGUUUUAAUCUCGGGCAAGACUGAUCGCAAACGACUCAGGCAGUUUGGUGCCACAGUAAACUUGCGGCAGCUGGAUCAAGGCACAACGAAUACCGCUUCUCGGCAACUGAGUGAUCUUGAGCAAGGUUUGCGGCAGGCCUGGAGCCAGACAUUGAAACUUGAUCCAGAAACUAUUCGACUUGACGAUAAUUUCUUUGCACUAGGUGGCGACUCCUUGACAGCCAUGAGACUUGUGUCUAUUUGUAGAGCUGAGGGCCUCGAUGUCACUGUCGUCGGCAUUUUUGGCCACCCUACACUCUCGGAGAUGGCUGGCAUUGUCCACCUUUGUAGCCUGCAAGCACGUAUAGAAACGCCCGCAUUUUCCAUGAUCUCCCAAACUGUUAAGACAGCCUGCCUCGAGGCAUCACUGGCUUGUGGAUCAGAUCGGGCGGCGAUUGAAGAUAUCUACCCUUGCACACCCACACAAGAGUCACUAUUCACCUUCGCGAUUAAAUCGGCCAAGCCGUAUGUCGCCCAGAGACUCGCAUGUAUUCCGUCGCAUAUCGGUCUCGAUGCCUGGAAGAAAGCAUGGGAGGAAGUUGUUGCAGCAAAUCCUAUCCUACGCACACGCUUAGCCCAGCUCCGAGAGCCAGGCCUUCAGCAAGUUGUACUGAAGGAAGGCAUCUCAUGGAAACAUUCGACUGAUCUAGCGCAAUACCUCGAGAAUGAUCGGAACGAGAAAAUGGAUCUUGGACAAAACCUAGCUCGAUAUGGCAUUGUCAACAAUUCAGAAAAUGGCAAACAAUACAUGGUCUGGACAGUUCAUCACGUACUCUAUGAUGGAUGGUCAGAGCCGCUAAUACUUAAAAAUGCCAUUAAUGCCUUGCACGACCAGCACAUCGAGACACAGGCACAGAUGAAAGACUUCGUCAAAUAUGUGCGAGAUACAGACGAAGUCGCCAUGCAGGACUUUUGGCAACGGGAAUUGAAAGAUGCUGUCGGGCCUCAGUUCCCGCGUUUGCCACAUAGAGACUUCUUACCUACUCCGGAUGCCAUACUUGAGCAUCAUAUACCCCUCAAUGCAACCGCUGGAUCACCUUUCACUACGGCAACAUUGAUUCGUGGUGCAUGGGCUCUGGUGGCGUCACAAUACACAGGAAGCGAUGAUGUCGUGUUUGGUGAGACACUCACAGGUCGGGACAUCCCGAUGGCGGGGGUGGAAAACAUUAUAGGUCCAGUGAUUGCAACUAUACCUAUCCGCAUCCAGAUCAACCGAACGAGCUCCGUUGAGUCUUAUCUACAGUCCGUACAGCAAGGCAUGUUGGCCCGUACACCGUAUCAGCAUAUGGGGAUGCAGAACAUCAGAAAGGUCAGCCGAGACGCCCAACAUGCAUGCGAAGCUGGCACAGGCCUGGUCAUCCAGCCAGAACCAGAUUCCAUAGGCAGCGAACUUGGCUUUGACCAAGGAGAUGCCGUACGUGAAGCGCUCCAUUUCAACCCCUAUCCGCUUAUGCUGGCCUGUGGGAUAUCAAAGCGCGGCCUUAGUGUCUGUGCGAGUUUUGACAGCAGUCUGAUUGAGGUCGCACAAAUGGAACGAAUCCUUGCGCAGCUGGAAAUGGCUUGUUUGCAGUUGACGAAUGGACUUUCCAGAAGAAUCGAAGAGAUAUCUUGCUUGCCCGAAGCAGAAUUGAACCAGAUCUGGGGACGGAACCAGAUUGCCCCAUUGCCCUUGGACGAGUCAUCCAGAAGGCUUCGAGCAGGUCCAAGCAUCAAGCAAGGGUGGCUAUAUCCUCCUGCGGUGGUUCCCUGGGUGUGUGAUCCACGGAACCCAUCUAUAUUGUCGCCCAUCGGCUGCGUUGGCGAGCUCUGGCUUGAAGGCGCGUUCCUUUCAGGCGAAACCGUUGAAUCUCCAGCGUGGCUUGUAGCUGGGAGCUCUGCUUGUGCCGGUCGGGCGGGAAGAGUGCAACCAACAGGCGACAUGGUCCGGUUACGAGACGACAGCAGCUUGAUAUUUGUUGGUCGAAAGGAGAAUGUCUUGCCUGUCCACGGCCAUGCAGUAGAUAUCGCAGAUCUAGAAGCUCACCUGACAAGAAAUCUCCCACGAACGAUCCGUGCCGCUGCAGCAGCAUUCCAAUCGUCAUUAAACAGCACUCAGAAUAUACUAGAGCAAGAGAUUGUCAUCUUCAUAGAGCAACAGCCAUCUGAGGAAGAAAGCGUUGAGCUCAUGCCGAUGAAGCACGACAUAACUUGGGACGCGUCGGGCCCCCAAAACGUCGAGACGUCGAUCUGUGCCUUGAUUACCAUUAGCCUUGCUAUAGCAUUGAAAAAGCUGGACAGAUUUAUCCAAGACUAUCUUCCAUCAUAUAUGGCCCCCUCCGCGUACGUCGUGGUUGACAAAAUGCCCACUAGGAUGGGACAGAUUGAUCAUAGUUUGUUAAAUCAGCUGGCCUCUAGAGUUCCUCGGCACGUGCUCACCCAGCUUCGAGAAGGCCUCAAGGGCGCGUGGGCAAAGAGCCCAGCACAAACGAAUUUGACAAAUGCAGAGAGUAUUCUACGGUCUUCGUGGGGAAAGAUUCUUGGAAUCAGUUCAGAGCAGAUUAACGUCGACGACAACUUUUUCCGCCUCGGUGGUGACUCUGUGUUGGCGAUGAAAUUGGUGUCAAGCCUUCGUGCGCAAGGACAUAGCUUGACAGUGGCCGAUAUCUUUCAGCACAUGCGCCUUGGUGAUGCCGCCACAGUAUUUAAAGUGAACCAAGGGUGGGAAGACAAAGCCCAGCCGUACAAGCCUUUUUCGAUGCUGGGCCAUUUGGACAUAGAACCAUUCUUGUCCGAGAUUGUCCGACCUAAACUUACCGAUCCAAGCUGGUCUAUUCGAGACGUAUCCCCGGUAACAGACUCCCAAGCGUUGGACAUCAGAGCAACCAGCCAGGCACCGCGAACCUCUAUACAAUACACUAUGCUGUAUCUCGACAAAGGCAUCGAUCGAGAGCAUCUAUUCCGCGCCUGUAACGAGCUGGUCAAGACCCAUGACAUCCUGCGCACUGUCUUCAUCGAACACGAAUCGAGCCUAUUUCAAGUUGUCAUUGAUGGGUUAGAUGUUCCUGUGACCAUGCAGCGGGCUGAUGGCGUCCUUGAGCAAUAUGUCAUCGACCUCUGCACGGUGAACAUAGAAUCAAACUUUAACCUGGGUUCGUCUUUCCUCAAGAUGAUCUAUGUUGAAGGCAACGGCGGCCAAAAGUGCCUCAUCAUAGGCCUGUCCCAUGCUCAGUACGAUGGCAUCUCUCUGCCCAUGCUACUUCGAGAUUUGGAGGCCUUGUACACGGGCGAGAAAAUUGUCGAUUUUGAGCCAUUCUCAUCGUACAUGGCUCGAAUCUGCCAUGAGCGUUCCCAGACCAGAGCGCUCCAUUACUGGCGCGAUCUUCUAGACGGUUCAUCAUUGUCCAUUCUAGCCGCAACAUCAGUAAAGCCCACCGACAAAUCAAUAUUCCGAACAAAGCCCGUCGACAUCUCUCAACGCCCCCUUGAGAUUACCACGGCGAAUUUGCUCACCGCAGCAUGGUCACUGGUGUUAGCUCGGCGUCUCCGGAACCCGGAUGUGACAUUUGGUAGCGUAACUUCGGGCAGAAACAUAGACCUAGCAAACGUGGAGAAUGUCAUGGGCCCGUGUUACCAAUUCACCCCGGUUCGAGUCUUGUUCGAGUCCCAGUGGACAGCGAUAGACCUCUUGCGAUUCGUACAAAGGCAAAGCGCCGAAUCUGCGGCCCAUGACUUCCUCGGCUUCGAAAAGAUAUCCAAGCAGUGCACGCAGUGGUCAUCGAAUGCACAAUUUUUCGACUCCAUCGUCCAUCAUCAAGACUUUGAGGAUUUCGACACCAUGCCUUUUGCUGGGGGAACUUGCAGGGUGGAGAUACUGAAUCCACAUGGGGAUGCUGCUCAUCCUCUGAAGGCUGUCUCGCUCGUUCGAGGCGGGCAGAUGAGUGUUGGGGUGGUCGGGAGUGAAAGUGACCCGGCGCUUGUGGACGCCACGCUUGAUAAUCUAGUUGCAGCCGUUCAAGAAUUGGCGAUCUGCCAGUCAGAGCACGUGGUACUUGAUAGUCAAAUCUUCUAG